AUGGCAUCGGUCACGUCCUUAGACAAGGACUUGCGCAAAAUGCGCCUUGAUAAAUACACACCAGCAGCUGCUAAUGAAGCGAGAUCAUGGAUCGAAGGUGUUUUGGGUGAUAGGUUACCUUCUAGCGAUCUUCUAGACGGACUAAAAGAUGGUGUUGCUCUUUGCAAACUCAUCAACUUGGCUGUCGGUCCGCCGGGCGUCAAGUUUAAACAAUCCCCCAUGCCAUUCAUCCAAAUGGAGAAUAUUUCUCACUUCCUCCGUGCCUGCCAAUCGCCGCCCCUAAAUCUACAAGAUCACGACAUAUUUCUCACCGUCGACCUCUACGAGCGGAAAGACCCCACCCAAGUCCUUCAAUGCCUCGGCGCCUUUUCACGCGCCGCACAUUCUGUCAAUCCUUCCACGUUUCCGUCACCCAUCGGACCGAAAGCGAGAGGGGCUACCAUGAGCCCGCAAAGUACAGGACCGACAACACCGAGAAAUCGAGGCAUGUCUAAUGUCAGCAAUAACUCUUCUACAUACGGGUCGCGGUCCGGCAUAGUUCCCGCGAGAACCGGUGAUUCUGGCUCCGGGCGAUGGAGUCCUACCAAGAGCCCAACUCCCACUAGCGAGCGAGUCGGUUCGCCCAGUGUGUCAAGCUGGAGCAAGAAAAACCACGAAGGGGUUACGAGCCCGGCGUGGAACAUUGCGCAGUACGGCUACAUGGGCGGCGCGAGUCAAGGCAACCUAGGUAUAUCAUUCGGAGGUCGUCGACAGAUUACUACGGCCGGUCCUCAGGUACCCAGCCUAGCCGAAAAGGAGCGCAAGCGUAAAGAACAAGAGGCUGAGGCUGAACGCCAAAAAUUACAAGCAGAAGAGGAAGAGCGCGUUCGUAAGGCGGAGCUCGAAGCUGAAGAGGAACGGGCGCGGUUAGAAGAGGAGCGAAGGUGGGAAGAAGAAACAAAGCGGCUUCGCGAGGAAGAGAAGCGCAAGGCGGAAGAGGAGAAACGCCGAUGGGAAGAGGAAGAACGUCAAUGGAAAUUGACAGAAGAAAAGCGACGAAAAGAUGAAGAGGAAGCCGAAGCAAAGUUAGCCGAAGAACGUCGUCGCUCAAGAGUUCAAAACGAUAACCGAUUGCAAGGACAAUUUCUUAGUCAAUACCAGGCCGAGCAAGGUAUCGUACCACAGAAGAGUGGCGGAGGCGGAGGUUAUAGCGAUCGCAUUAAACAAUUAGAACAAGAAUUAGAGCUAGCGAGGCAGCGGGAGCAAGAAUACGAAGAAGAGCGACAGAAGCGCUCACAGAACCGAUUGCGGUCUCGCAGCCGACCGAGAAAGCCAGAGAGGCCGCCCAGUCGCCAAGACUCAUGGCGGCCGCGAGAUGAACGCGAAUUCUUAAGUACACAAUGGAAUCGGCACCAAGAACAAGAGCGCGAGCGUGGACGAGAGCGGGAACAGGAGGAACAAGACAUUGCUCCACCACCCCCACCGCGCCCACUGCCUGUACCCGGUGUGCCGGUGAAGUCGCAACGUACUGGAGAGGCACCACCUCCUCCGCCCGUGAAACCUCAAAGGACUGGUGAGGGUAGGCCCCUCCCCAUCCCGGACCGGGUUAAGAACCAGGUCUCCGGCUCAACUCCGCCGUCACGGCCCCUUCCUAUCCCGUCACCGAACCCCAACAAUACCCGCACAGACCGUUUCCUUUCCUCCAACCCCGCUCCCGCCCCUGCUCCACCGCAGCAAAUAUACUCCCGAGAACUCGGUGCUACGGCGGAACGAGACGCCGAAGAUAGGAGACGGGCGGAGUCGCAGACUAAGACCAAAGCUGGUGGUUGGGCUAGCAAGUCCCUAUUAGAACGUGAGAUGGAGAUGGAACGGCAGAGACAACGCGAAUGGGAAGAAGCGCAGAAAGAGACAGCAAAAGCAGCUAAGUCAGGUGAUGGUGUAGAUGGCAUAGGUGGUGGUAUCGGCGGCCGUUGGGAUGUUAGUCAAUGGAGUGGAUACACCGGAGGCGACAGCCAGAAUAAAGGAAAUGCAGGUAUUGGGGCUGGGAGGAGACAGAUCGUCGGUCCGAGGCCGUUGCCUAGUAGGCCCGGAUCUUGAGACGCCGUUAUGUUAAAGGGGGGAGUGGUAGUAAUAGGCAGCCCUCCACUUCUAUUCUAGUUAUGUGGUUUAAUAAGCCUACGGAAUAGAGAACGAAGAUUCAUUUAAUCACUAAACUCUAUCUGUUCGGAGAUUCGCAAUGCUUGAUC